AUGUCAGUAGAGUGUACAAGUCAGCUGGGGUUUCAUCGUCCACUUACGAUGAUGGUAAAGGAAUCUCUUUUUAUAUGUAAUCCACAUGAGUUUCCAAUUAUAUUUAAGAUCAAAACGACAGCUCCUAAGCAAUAUUGCGUCCGACCGAAUUCAGGUCGUAUUGAAGCAGGAAAAGAAAUAGAGGUUUUAGUGCUUUUGCAGGCGUUAAAAGAGGAGCCGCCACUUGAUUAUAAAUGCAAAGACAAAUUUCUUAUCCAGUCUAUUAUUCUUAAUGAUAAGAAUGUUACAGAUUCACAAAACAUGCUUUCACUAUUUGAUACCGUUGCAAAAGAAGAUAUUUAUGAAAAGAAGAUUAAAUGUGUUUUUCUUGGUCCUAUGCAAGAUUCUACUCAUAGUAUUUUAGAAAAGUCUUCAAACGGAUAUGAUAAAUUUGCCUCUACACGAUCUUCUCAAACUCACGAUUAUAAUACAGAUUCAACAACCAAAGCGGUGCAUGAUUCUAGUUAUUUGUCACAAGAAGAUAGCACAUUAACUAGCAAAGCACUUGAAAAUGCGGAAUCAAGUACUAAUCUUGCAAUUCAAUUAGUUGAAGCUAAAACAACAAUUAAAAAACUUAAAGAUCAAUUAAAAGAAUCAGAGCUUCGUCAUCGUAAUUAUGAAGCAUUUGAAAAGAAGGAAAAAAUAAUUCCAGAGAAAAUUCCGAUUACAACAUCACUGUAA